AUGGAUGUGUUUCACUGUGUUGAUUUACUGCCUGGUGGAGCCCUCAGGGAGGUGGAGCCCUGUGGAGGACCCCCAGGGGAGGGAGCCGUCAGUUGUGGAGCCCCAGGGGGUGUGGAGCCUCAGGAGGUGGGAGCCCUCAGGGGUGGUGUGGAGCUCAGGGGGCGGUGGGAGCCUCUAGGGGUGGAGCCUCCUGGGGGUGUGAGCCCUGUGUGGAGCCCCCAGGUGGAGCCCUCAGGGGGUGUGGAGCCUCAGGGGGUGGAGCCCUCAGGGGGUGGAGCCUCAGGGGUGGAGCCCAGGGGUGAGCCCCAGGGGGGUGUGGAGCCUCAGGGGGUGUGGAGCCCCCAGGUGUGGAGCCCUCAGGUGGAGCCCCAGGGAGCGUGGGAACCUCAGGGGGGUGGAGCCCCUCAGGGGUGUGGGCCACGGGGUGUGGAGCCUGGGGGAGUCCCCAGGGGGCUUGGAGCCCUCAGGGGCGUGGAGCCCCUCAAGGUGGAGCCCUCAGGGGUGGAGCCCCCAGGGGGUGGAGCCUCAGGGGUGGAGGCCUCAGGGAGUGGAGCCCCAGGGGUGGAGCCCUGUGGAGCCCUCAGGGGUGUGAGCCCCCAGGGGGUGGAGCCCUCAGGGGGUGGAGCCCUCAGGGGGGUGGAGCCCUAG